AUUGCAGAUAGAAAACACUUUGUGCCAGCUUAGCAGUUUUAAGUGACAAAUUACUUAUAUUAAUAUAUAUAUCCUCACAGCACUAAAACACUAAAAAUUAUAUGCAGAUGUCCAGUAUUGCUACUUUCAAAAAUAAUGACUAAUCCGUUAGAUGGUAUUUGUGGAUAUACGGGAAACAAGAGAUUUAAGGAAGUUCGUUAUCACAGAGCGGGCCACGCUUCUCAAAUUUCUCUUACUGAAUCUAGGCUUCCAGGCACCUAAGGAAGCUUUCUGGAUAACGAAACCAGCAUGGCUCCAUCCCAAAGAAGAGUGAUUUACUGAGGUGAGGGUUCAUUCCGGGGAACCCAGGUGUCUCUGAUUCGUGGCAGCAAGGAGCCUGGCCUUGCCUGUAGAAGGCAGUGGUAUCAGUGUCGGUGUCAGACUUCACCUUGGCCUGAGGUGAGUGCUGCUCCCAGGACAGCUGCCCCAGUUCUCUCCAUGUGACCUGAGAUGUUGGUGGCUCCAGCUCCAGGAAGUGGCCUGUGAAUCUGAAGGUAAAACCAGAAGAUUUCACUUAUAAAGAUCCAAUGACUGUAUCUUUAUAAGAGAAAAGAGAGGAAGAUUUGGACACAAAGACACAGAAGAGAAGAUGCCAUGAAGAUGGAGGCAGAGAUCGGAGUAAUAGAGCUGACAAGCUGAGGGACACCGGGAACCACUAGAAGUUUAAGGUAAACUGUGGAAGUGACGUUUUGAAGGAUGGGUAAAGACUUUCGUUAUUAUUUCCAGCACCCCUGGUCUCGCAUGAUCGUGGCUUACUUGGUGAUCUUCUUUAACUUCUUAAUAUUUGCGGAGGACCCAGUUUCUCACAGCCAAACAGAAGCCAAUGUUAUUGUUGUUGGAAACUGUUUUUCAUUUGUAACAAAUAAAUAUCCUCGAGGAGUUGGCUGGAGGCUUCUGAAGGUGCUUCUAUGGCUACUUGCCAUUCUCAUAGGACUAAUAGCUGGCAAAUUUCUAUUCCAUCGGCGUUUGUUUGGUCAGUUGCUCCGGUUAAAAAUGUUUCGUGAGGAUCAUGGAUCAUGGAUGACAAUGUUCUUCAGCACAAUUCUCUUUCUCUUCAUCUUUUCUCACAUAUACAACACGAUUCUUCUAAUGGAUGGGACAAUGGGAGCAUAUAUCAUUACAGACUAUAUGGGCAUCCGAAAUGAAAGUUUCAUGAAAUUAGCUGCAGUAGGGACCUGGAUGGGGGACUUUGUCACAGCUUGGAUGGUCACUGAUAUGAUGCUUCAGGACAAACCCUAUCCUGAUUGGGGAAAAUCUGCAAGAGCUUUCUGGAAGAAAGGAAAUGUUAGGAUCAUUUUAUUCUGGACGGUUCUUUUUACUCUGACGUCUGUGGUUGUACUUGUCAUUACAACUGACUGGAUCAGCUGGGACAAGCUGAAUCGGGGAUUUUUGCCCAGUGAUGAAGUUUCCAGAGCCUUUCUGGCUUCUUUCAUCUUGGUCUUUGACCUCCUUAUUGUAAUGCAGGACUGGGAAUUUCCACAUUUCAUGGGAGACGUUGAUGUAAAUCUUCCUGGUUUGCAUACUCCUCAUAUGCAGUUCAAGAUUCCUUUCUUCCAGAAGAUCUUCAAGGAGGAAUAUCAUAUUCACAUAACAGGUAAAUGGUUUAACUAUGGAAUUAUCUUUCUCGUCUUGAUUUUGGAUCUUAAUAUGUGGAAGAAUCAGAUAUUUUAUAAGCCUCAUGAAUAUGGACAAUAUAUUGGCCCAGGACAGAAGAUAUAUACAGUCAAAGACUCAGAGAGUCUAAAGGAUUUGAACAGAACCAAGCUAUCCUGGGAAUGGCGGUCCAACCACACCAACCCUCGGACUAAUAAAACCUAUGUUGAGGGAGACAUGUUCCUUCACAGCAGGUUCAUAGGGGCAAGCCUUGAUGUCAAGUGUCUGGCUUUUGUUCCAAGUUUAAUAGCUUUUGUGUGGUUUGGAUUCUUCAUUUGGUUCUUUGGACGGUUUUUGAAAAAUGAGCAAGGCAUGGAGAAUCAAGACAACACUUACACUCGCAUGAGAAGAAAAUCCCCCUCGGAACACAGCAAAGACAUGGGAAUCACAAGAGAAAACACCCAGGCCUCGGUGGAAGACCCACUGAAUGACCCCGCCUUGGUGUGCAUCAGGUCUGACUUCAAUGAGAUCGUCUACAAGUCUUCCCACCUAACAUCGGAGAACUUGAGCUCGCACUUGAAUGAAUCAGCCAGCACCACUGAGGGUGACGGGGAUCCAACGACUUCUAAAAGUACACCGACGAACUAGAUCCACUUUUGGGGAAAGCACAAAGAGCAACCUUGAGUGUAACUUUCAGAAGUUAGUCUUUCCUUUCGUAAAUGUGAGGUUUACAUAGCGUUAGGUAAAGAAAUACAAAUGAUGCCACAACGGUGCUCAACAUGCUUUUUCUAGGACUCAUUGUUUUCUAUUUGUAUUAUUAUGAUACCUGUGCCUACAGUAUAUCUAACAGUCCUCUAGAGAUUGCUUUUCACAGUUGCACAAGCUAUUUACUGACUUUACAGCCUACUAGAUUAGCUGGUUACCCGCGUAUCCAAUGUUCAACCAUAGUGGUGCCUUGAGACAUUAAACUUUUUAACUGUACCAGAAAUGAAGCGUGGAACAGUUCUCUAACCUACUUCACAUGGGUUUUUUGUUUUUUUUUUUUUGUAUACAAUUAUUUUGAUCUCCACUUGAUGUCUGAGCAGAAAACAGAUAUAGCCAAGAUGUGGUUCAGAAAGUAUGUCUCACUUUCUUAUUCAGCAGUGGAGUUGGUGACUUUGACAGCUGGACUGCAGAGAAGCACAGUGAUUACCUUUGAAUUUUUAUUGGCUUCCUGCCAAAUGCAAAUACAGAUGCAGAAUUCAGUAAUAGGAGAACACUAAUCCAGCAUGGGUCACUACUUGUGAAAUGUGACUUUCUCCAACCAGUAAUUGCAAUUAGAUGAUAAUACGUAAUUAUGUUUUCCUAAUUACAGAUAAAUUGCUACCUGAUUAAAAAUCCUGCCCUUCACCUUUGGGACCAAAGGUUGAGAGGCACAGUUAGGUAAACUCUGAAGUGUAUUGGCAUUUACACAAAGCCCUAGAAAACCAAGGAACUGAAGUUUUAAUCAUGUGAGGGUUGUGCAGGCUACCAUCUACAAUAUUUGUACAUCUUUCUGUAAAUAUGGCUCUGGACAGUGAAAAUUGAAAAACAUAUGCCAACCCUGAGCAAGGGAACACCUCUAAAAAUCAUGCCAUGGAACUUUGUGAGGUAGCAAAGAAGAUGCGCAUGAAAAAGUCUGUUUAUUGGCUUGUUUUGUGUGUGUGUGUUUGUGUUGUUUUCCUUUUUUUUAAGAACUAAACAUCGCACAUUAAUAAAUCAGAAUUAUACAUCA